UUCGCUGAUUAUCCGCAGACUGGCUGCGUAAUUUCUUGCCCGGAGUACGUAAUGAAGGAGUUAUUUCAUGCUCGUUGGAAGGCUUUCUUACCGUUGGUAAUGUGGAUGAUGCUGGUCGCCGGAGUCGCCGGAGUCGCCGCAACCCCUCCACCAUCUUACGAAAAGCUAGCACUACUUUGCAGACUGAAUUUGUCCGUGCCCGUCGCUGAGCAAAUGCUGGCGCUGGCGGAUGGCAUUACGGCCGCCAGCGCCAACAUCCGACGGCUGGCGGACACGAUCAACGCCGUCAUACAGACGCCGUUCAACAGUGCAAUGGGUAUCACGAACGCUUCAUCUACGCCACUGACCCCGCCCUCCACCACCCCUGCAGUUCAAACACCGGUAACCCCGCCACCCGAACUUUUUCUCGGCGAUCGCGAUGCCACUCCGCCCGCCGCGCCGCAUCUGCGUUCCCGGAAAACCUCCUGGCUCCGGUGUAUCGUCGAGAACCUCGAACGGGUGGUCAAACGUCAUCCGUUUUUCGCCGUGGUGACGGGCUGUGCCAUCCUUUUGACGAUCACGACGUGUUUUGGUGUACUGAUGCUACCUCACCUUUUCGACGCUCUGGAGGAGCGUUGUCUGCGUGGCCGGGUUCUGCUAAUCUUCGAGCUGAUAUUCGCCAUUGCGUUGGGCGCGUGGACCGUUGAUAAUUUGUCGAAGUGGUUAUGCGCAGGAGUUUUGUACUGCGGCGCUGUACUGAUUGGUUGAUUAAUGAUUUGAUUGAUUUUAGCAUCAGCGUAGUGUGUUCAGCCCAAUGUUAGAAUGAGUAGAAAUAUACGAAAGAGAUUUUGGUGAUUGUAAUUUGUACAGCAAAUUUGCAGAGGCGUUGUCGAUUUACCCAUUGUGCGUUCAGGUUUACCUUCACAUAUUUACACUGUACCUGUGACUUGAGAGUACAGUAGACA